AUGCCUAGAUUUUGGGCCACAUGUGGGCACAAAGUGCUUCCAGGCCGAGACCCUCAGACUGUCGCAAGAAGAGGACCAGCAGUGUUUGUCACGAACUUGAACUCCAGUAUUACCACCAGGCAACCCCAAAGCUCCUUCAGUAUCCAUGCAGAAAAUACGCAAAAUCUCCAAAUGCCAAUGCCUCUACAAGGAAUGCAUUUUGAGUGUCCACACUGUUCUUUUGCAACAACCUCUUCUGGUCACUUAAAGAUACACAUACGCAGCCAUUCCAAGUCCCCCUACGAGUGCAUGUACUGCUCAUAUAAGACUACACAAAAAUCCAUUAUGAACAGGCAUUUGCAGAUCCAUACAGGUGAAAAGCCCUUUGCUUGCAGCCUUUGCCCAUAUCGCUGUAAUCUGAAAGGCAAUUUGAAAAUUCAUUUAGAAAGACAUAAACGGAUGGGACAAAUGGAAAGUGACAAGUGAAGCAAGGUAGAGGAAGAAAAUGUUUUUUUAUUAGGUAGACCAAGAAGUAUUUCAAUUAUUCUGAAAUUGAAUUAUAUAACCUUUGAGGUGAAAAAUAGGUUUGGAAUGAUAGUAUUAUAGCUGUAUUUGAACACACUGAUAUACAGCAAAGCCUUGUAUUUGGUUAGUAAUUGGUAGUAAAAGAAAUAUAUAUAUCAUCAUCAUUGACAUUGUCUUUACCUUUAUCUUUAUAAUUCUCACUAAUAUCAUU